AUGACAGACGAUAAAGGAAUACGUAACUAUCCUGGUAGUCCACAUCCACUGGGUGCACAUUAUGACGGUCAUGGAACGAAUUUUGCUUUAUAUUCUGAACACGCUACAAAAGUUGAGUUGUGUUUAUUUCGAAGAAGUCAUGAUGAACAACAAGAAUUUGUUGAAUAUGCUCGAAUUAUUAUUAAAGGUUGGAGUAGUAGAAGUAGUGAUAAACGUAAAAUACUAUCAAAAUUGAUGUGUUAA